AUGGUAUUUGAACAGUGCACUGGCAUCUUUGCCAACGCUAUCUCACGGCGUCGCUCGCCGGAACAGCUUGUCACUUUGCCAGACACGCUGGGUGGCGCUACCUUGUGCCUGGAUCGCAUACUUGAGAUGGUGCGUAGGUGGGUUGGAUGUAUUGGGGAGCGGUUGGUAGAUGCCGAAAUACAGCUCACAGUACGCGGUUGA